AUUGCGACUUAUUAUACGUCAGAUGGGUAAAUAAAUAUGAAUUUAUUUAUAAAAUGGACAUUUAUGUGAUGUUAAACUUCAACUGACUCUAAAAGGAAAAAAGAAAAAGAAAAGAAAAAAAAGGAUUAUUCAUUCAUCUCUAACAUAUAUGCAUCCAACCAGAGACAUGACAAGAAUAGAAUGCACAAAUUUAUUUCCAUAUUUAACUCCAAAAGCUUUAAAGCUUAAACUUCUAAAGCAGCAACACUGCUACUACCAUCCAUUGCCUUUUCAAUUCUCUUGCCACAUUGUCUUAAACUAAGACCUACCCACAUGUUUUUAGCACUUUCGCACCUAGAUUUGAUUUCUUUUAUAUUUAUUUAACUAUCUACAUAUAUGAAUCUCCUUUCUUUUCUUUUCCUUUUUUUUUUUUCCUCUUAAACUAUUUUUUAAUCCUAUCUUCUCAUCAUUAAUUUUCUUCAUCUUCUUUGUUACUAUUGUUAUUAUUAUUUAAAUAUUAGUUUAUUACUAUUAAUUUUUUUUUUCUCAUUUAUAUGCAUGCUUCAAAAACCACACACAACAUAAAGGAACAAACACUGCAACUAACUCUGCCUUGGUUCAUGAAUUUUUUUUUAUUUUUGCAUGUUAUACGACCCACUAUCACUCUCACUAUUGUUUCAUGAUCUCUUUGUGACUUUGCUAUAGUGGAUUCCUUGAGUUUGGAUUUAAUUUGGGUCAUUUAAGCUUUGAUGGGUCCUAUAAGAGGAUACAAGAAGAGGAAAAAGACAGAUAAAAGAACCGAAGAAAAUGCUUCUGGUUCUGCUUCUGGGUCUACAGAGAAAGAAGCGCCUCUGGAUUGGUUUGAUGAGUUCUCCAAAAGGAUUAAUGGUCUUCAAUCUCCAUCAAAGAAUUUGAACAAGUUUGAACACAUUUUUAGGAUGUCUAGGAAAACGUUCAAUUACAUUUGCUCACUUGUGAAGGAAGAUAUGGCUGCUAAAUCAAGGGAAUUUACGUUUCUAAAUGGCAAGGUUUUGACUUUGCAUGAUCUGGUAGCUGUAGCUUUAAGAAGGCUGGGUUCUGGUGAUUCAUUAGUGACAGUUGCUGAUUUCUUUGGGGUGAAUCACUCAACCGUCUCCCAAGUGACCUGGCGUUUUGUGGAGGCCAUGGAAGAAAGGGGGCUUCACCACCUAAAAUGGCCUUCUAAUGAAUCAGAAAUGACAGAAAUAAAAUCUAAAUUUGAGAAAAUACGAGGUCUCCCUAAUUGCUGUGGUGUGAUUGAUACUACUCACAUCAUGAUGCUGCUGUCUUCUUCAGACCCUGCAAGUAAUGUGUGGCUUGAUCAUGAAAAGAAUCACAGCAUGGUCUUGCAAGCAAUUGUGGACCCCGAUAUGAGGUUCCGGGACAUAGUCACUGGAUGGCCAGGAAAACUGGAAGAUUGGGUGGUAUUUCAGAGUUCAAACUUCCAUAAACUGUGUGAAAGAGAAGAAAGGCUGAAUGGGAAAAAACUGCAGCUUUCUGAAGGAACAGAAAUAAGGGAAUAUAUAAUUGGGGAUUCAGGCUUUCCUCUACUGCCAUAUCUUAUUGUUCCUUAUGAAGGGAAAGAACUAUCAGAACCAAAAGUCGAGUUCAACAAACGGCAUUCUGCAACGCAGAUAGUUGCCCAGAAGGCAUUGGCAAGGCUGAAGGAGAUGUGGAGGAUCAUUCAAGGUGUGAUGUGGAGGCCUGACAAACAUAGGUUGCCAAGAAUUAUUCUUGUCUGCUGCUUGUUACAUAACAUUAUUAUUGAUAUGGAAGAUGAGGCACAGGACGACAUUCCUUCUUCUCACGAGCAUGACUUGGACUACCAACAACAGAAGUGUGAAUCCGUGGAUAUAAAAGGUGUGUGUCUGAGAGACAAGCUGUCUUUAUACUUGUCUGGAAGAUUGCCACCAUGAACAUUUUCCAUUUUCCAGAGCAUGAUCACCAACAAAAAUAUUUAGUUAACUGUUUACUUAAAGAAUGCUUCUGAGACAUGACCUUUCAUUUAAGGAUUUUCUGUUUCUUUUUUCCAUAAAAAGAAGUUGUAAAUAGCUCGGCAGAAUUGGUGUAUCAGUCGGCAAUGCUCAUGAAAUCAUAAGGUACAACCAUACCAUUCCAGUGAUGGCUUUUAUUACAUUAGAAAACAUAAUUUUUAUUCCAAGAGUUGAGGAACAUUUUAGUAAUAGAAUAAUCAUUUUGGUUUUGCCA